UUCUAAACACACAACAGAACGGGCAAUAUUAUUACUUUUUUUUUUUUUUUUUUAGCUUUUGAUUUGAAAUACUGGCAUCCUGAACACAGAACCCGAAAAGCAGCCCAUGCCCCGAGCAGAUGCAAAGGACGGGUGGCAGAAGGCGGGGUCGUCUUGCUCCGCAUGCCCUCCAGCCCCGCCGCCCAGGCCCCCUCUCCGCGGCCCCUCGCUUUCACGGCGCCGCCCGUCGCCCAGCGGGCCCCGGGGCAGCGGCGCGUCCCCCGGCGGAGGGACGCGUCCCCGGCGGCAAGGGCGGCUGCACCCGGCGGCUCGGACUGCCCGCGGGGCUUCCCCCCGCCCCGCUGCCUGCGGGCUGUGUGGCGGGACGGCAGGGGCGGGGGCACGGGGGGCCGGGCCAACGCCGCCGCCGCCGCUCGGCUCGGCUCCGCCUCUCCUGCCGCAGCUCCCAGUCCUGGAGCGCCGCUCGGCUGCCAGAGGGAAGCCGCCACCUGCUCCGGUGCGGAGUCGCUCCUCGCUGCGCGCCGAGAGGGAGAGCAGCCGCCCGCGUCCGGGAAGUUACCGCUCCUCCCGCCGCCGGGGGAAAGCUGCCGCCGCCGGCUCCCGGCCUCGGAGGGGGAGAAGUCGCCUCCCCGCUCCGCUGCGAAAGGGAAGAGCCCCCGCGGGCGCGCCGCCCUGCUCCGCCGCUGCGUCCCGGUCCCGCCGCGGGCAGGCGGGAUGAUGGAGCCCCCCGCCGCCGCCUGCGCCUCCUGCCGCCGCCGCCCGCUGCCGCCGCCGCUGCUCUGCCUCCUGCUCGCAGCCCUCUGCCUGCCGCCAGCUCUGGGAUUGUACACAGUAAAUGCAGUAUAUGGAGAUACUAUUACUAUGCCUUGUCGUCUAGAAGUACCAGAUGGUCUUAUGUUUGGAAAAUGGAAAUAUGAAAUGCCAAAUGGAUCUCCAGUAUUUAUUGCCUUCAGAUCAUCAACAAAAAAAAAUGUACAGUAUGAUGAUGUACCAGACUACAAAGACAGGUUGAGUCUCUCAGAAAACUAUACAUUAUCCAUCAAGAAUGCAAGAAUCAGUGAUGAAAAGAGAUUUGUAUGUAUGCUAGUUACAGAAGAUGAUGUUUCCGAAGAGCCAACGAUAGUCAAAGUCUUCAAACAACCCUCUCAACCAGAAAUCUUACAUCAAGCAGACUUCUUAGAAACAGAGAAGCUACAAAUGCUCGGGGAGUGUGUUGCACGAGAUAGUUACCCCGAAGGCAAUGUUACGUGGUACAAAAAUGGGAGAGUUUUGCAGCCCGUGGAAGACGUUGUAGUCAUAAAUCUGCAAAAGAUUGUGGACAAAUCAACUGGACUCUUCACCAUGACAUCAUCUCUUCAGUAUAUGCCAACAAAAGAAGAUGCAAAUGCCAAGUUUUCUUGCAUUGUGACAUAUUAUGGACCAUCUGGCCAGAAAACAAUACAGUCUGAACCAGUUGUCUUCGAUGUUCACUAUCCAACAGAGAAGGUGACUAUUCAAGUGCUGUCACAAAGUAGUACCGUUAAAGAAGGCGAUAACAUCACUCUGAAGUGCUCAGGAAAUGGCAACCCUCCUCCACAGGAGUUCCUGUUUUACAUUCCAGGAGAAGCAGAAGGUAUAAGAAGCUCAGAUACUUACGUAAUGGCAGAUGUGAGACGAAAUGCAACAGGAGAAUACAAGUGCUCUCUGACCGACAAAAGCAUGAUGGACUCAACCACCAUCACUGUGCACUAUUUGGAUUUGCAGCUUACUCCUAGCGGAGAAGUCACAAAACAGAUUGGAGAGGCCCUGCCUGUGUCGUGCACGAUUUCUUCUAGUAGAAAUGCAACUGUGUUUUGGAUAAAGGACAAUACCAGAAUGCAAACAAGUCCAUCAUUUUCAAGUCUUCAGUAUCAAGAUGCUGGAAACUACAUCUGUGAAACUACUCUACAGGAGGUUGAAGGGUUAAAGAAAAGAAAGACACUUAAACUUAUUGUGGAAGGAAAACCUCAAAUCAAAAUGACGAAGAAAACCAACACAAAUAAAAUGUCCAAAACAAUUGUCUGCCAUGUGGAAGGUUUCCCCAAACCAGCAGUGCAAUGGACAGUUACUGGUAGUGGAAGCAUCAUAAAUAAAGCAAAGGAGACCAAAUAUGUAAAUGGAAAAUUUUCUAGCAAAAUUGUAAUUGCUCCUGAGGAAAAUGUGACUUUAACUUGCAUUGCAGAAAAUCAGCUAGAAAGGACUGUGACCUCCCUGAACGUCUCUGCUAUAAGUAUUCCAGAAUACGAUGAGCCAGAAGAUAGAAAUGAUGACAAUAGCGAAAAGGUUAAUGACCAGGCAAAGCUAAUAGUGGGGAUUGUAGUCGGUCUUCUGCUGGCUGCUCUGGUUGCAGGUGUUGUCUACUGGCUCUAUGUGAAGAAAUCAAAUGACGCCAAAGGAAAGUCUGAGAAGGCAGCAGCACAGAACUUUCCAAGUCUGCCGAGGACAGCGUCAAAACAUGUAGACAAAGAUCUUGGAAAUAUAGAAGAAAACAAAAAACUAGAAGAAAACAAUCAUAAAUCUGAAACUUAAGAGACAAAACGUGUCAGUCAUCAUUCCAGAGAAUACAUAUAGACCAAUUGAAGCAUGAACGUGGAUUGUAUUUAAACACAUACAAAGAAGUGACAGCCAUUCAUGGUUCAAGUAUUAAACAGAUCAUACUACCAAGUUUUCAAAGGAUUUUAGACACAAUUAUCUCAAGCUAAAAAAAAAAAAACCACACCCACAAACUAAUUUUGGCAACAGCCAUGAUAAUAGGUCACCAUAUUGUGUUCUGUUUGAAAUAUUUUUUUGUAAAUGUCUGCACUGAAGAUUUCUUUUUGUUUGCCUUUAUGUAAAUUUUUUACGUAGCUAUUUUUAUACACUGUAAGGCUUUGUUCUGGGAGUUGCUGUUAAUCUGAUGUAUAGUGUAAUGGUUUUAUUUCAAUUGUUUUUACGACACCCUUUGAGCAGGUACAUGUCUAAUUCUGAUUGUUAUCAGUGAAGCCUCCGCUUUGUAGCAAGUACCUAAAGUGUAAGAUUGUCUUAAAGGAAAAUGUCAAGCUCUUUUUUCAUUCUUUGAAAUCGCAGUAAAGAGGAAGGGUGACAGCUGUGACAAGAAUAAACGAAAUUGUUAAUAAAAGUGAACAUUUAAAAAACCCUGCAAAGCUAAACAGCCAGAAAGGGAAUAAAGAGUUUCCACGGAGAAGUCUGGGUAUUGAGCAAGGAACACAAUGAAAAAUUCCUAGCCUAUGUACAGACGGUGGCUAAUAAUCCUUUUCUUCUAGAGCAAGACACAUUCUAUUGAUACAUUAUCGGUGGUCUUUCAUGGUAGAAUUAGGAUAAGGAACUGGAAUUCUGGAUUAAUUUUGAUUCCUUUGUGUUAUCCGCUGCCUUAAAGUACUGUACCUUUUCUUCAUUUCAAAAAGAUACCGGUCAGAAUUGGAAAUGUUUUUUAAAAAGUGGUCAUAUCAAAGCUGCAUUUUUUUUCCACAAAAAUAGAAUAUAUAUAUAUUUUUUGUGUGUUUUUGUUAACUAUGCUACAGAUAUUGAAUGCACCUUGAGAUAAUUUUAGUGUUUUUAACUGGUACCUAAUUUAUCAAACCGUACAUAUAAUUGUAACAAUGAAAUGUCUAUGUAUCUUUAGUUACAUUCAAGUUUGUAACUUUAUAAACAUGUUUUAUGCUUGAGGGAAUUUUUAGAAUGGUACUGAUAAGAAAAUGUUUUAGGGUAAACGGCCACUAGAAAGUUGUACUUGAGGGAGAGAAGUAUCGGCUUAUGCGGGAAGGCGAGUGCCUGGAAAAAAGUAUCAGGCAGCUUUGAUGGAGAGGAACAGUAGAGUAAGCAGAACAUCAGGUUUCCAUUUACAAAUAUCCAGGGAAAAAGUAAGUUUUUAUAGACUGGUAGGCAAAAAUAAAUAAAUAAAUAAAUAAAUAAAUAAAUAAAUAAAAGAAAAAGAUGGACGUUAGGAAAUGUAUUUUGCCACUUUUGCAUUAUUUAGGGGGAAGAAAACACUGUUACUUGUAAAUUUGUAAAAUGUUAAAUGUCUGGGCAGUAGUGACUGAUGUCUUAAUAAAAGCUUCCUGUAGUGCAUUGGCAUGGAUUAAAUACAUAAGAUGUCCUAUAAACUCUAUGCUGUAUAAAAUAUUAGAGGGAAAUCCUGUUACAUGCCUCUAAACUUUGAUUUGUUACUGUUUUAUUUGGCAAAAAGAAAAAAAUUAUAAUCUUGGUCAAUAUUUAAACCAAAGUAAAAUGGGGGAAAAAAACCAAAGUAAUUUGUUUUGCAUGGCUAAGCCAUUCUGUUAUCUCUGUAAAUAUUGUGAUUUUUUUCUUUUUAGAAUUUUGUUAAAAAAAUUCUAAAAUUUUUAAACACCUGUUUUUCCAAAAUAAAACGUGAACACACAAAAAAGUUAGUUUAUAUACAAAUAUAUCUUUUUCUUUUGGUGCGAGAACACUGCCAAGCGAUACACAUUUUUUUAAAAAAAAACAACGCAGUGGGCGUGACUCUAAACAGGAGAGGUUGUAACAGCUUCCUGUGAAGGAGUGUGCAAACAUCACCUGUCUUUGUUUAUAACACUACAAAUAGUUCUUAAAUAGAAGAAACCUCCAAAGAUCAGAAGGGAAAGCAUAGGGAAGGGCUGAAAAUUUUCAUACCACUGUCUGGGGAAUACAGGGGAGAGGAGAAGAAAAAAAAGUCCUUCGACUUCCACAGCUACGAAAAAGGAAUAAAAACAUCUCCUCACCUUUUGGGAUUCUGCUAGAUCUCCUAUGCACUUUAAAUCGUCAAUCCUAGGAGCUGGGUUUUGCACUGCUCCGAGUUCACUAUAGGCACGUUUCAAGAACCAAGAGUGCAAAAGAAUUAAUGUUUCUAUCCAUGCCUAAACAACAAUA